AUGACAACAUUUGUGUUGGCUUUGCUAGCAUUUCUAGCAGUAUUUUGUACAACUCAUGUUCUCAGCAAUAAACAUGAUUCUUUGUACGUUAAUAUCACAAUACUCCAAAGUGCAACUGCCCAAGGUGCAGUAUGUCUCGAUGGAAGUCCACCAGCAUAUCAUCUGGAUAGGGGAUAUGGAACUGGACUUCGCAGCUGGAUUAUCUACUUGGAUGGAGGUAGUUGGUGCGAAAGUAUCCCGGAUUGCCUUGAUCGUUCAACUACGUCCUUAGGUUCUUCCAACCAUAUGAAACAACGAGGUUUUUUCGCUGGUGUACUUCAUAAUACUUCUAAACAAAAUCCAGAGUUUCAUAAUUGGAAUAGGGUGAGGGUGAAGUAUUGUGAUGGUUCAUCUUUCACUGGUGAUGUUGAACAAGUUCACUCUGAGAACAAGUUGUAUUUUAGAGGGGCAAGAAUAUUUAAGGCUAUUAUGGAAGAUUUAUGGAGCAAAGGAAUGAAAAGUGCUGAAAAUGCAAUUCUAUUGGGAACAUCAGCAGGUGGGUUGGCAACAAUCUUGAACUGCGACAAAUUUAAAUGCCUCCUUUCAGAGAGUGCUAAAGUAAAAUGUGUCGCAGAUGCUGCCUUCUUUAUCAAUAGCAAGACAAUCUAUGGUACUUCAUAUAUUCAAGAGAUGUAUCGGAAAAUUGUUAACCUACAUGGAUCAACUAAGAAUUUGCCGUCAGCUUGCACGUCUGUAAUGGAGCCAAGUCUGUGCCUUUUCUCUCAGAAUGUUAUUCCAUACAUUCAGACUCCACUUUUCAUAAUCAAUUCAAUUUAUGAUUCCUGGCAGAUUAAUAACACUUUGGUUCCUCUAUUCCUUGAUCCUCAACAUGCCUGGACGGAUUGCAUCAAUAACAUAAGUAGAUGCACAUCUAGCCAACUUAUAAUUAUUCAAGCUUUUGGAGUGAAGUUCUUGAAGACAUUCAAUAAACUACCCUCUUGUUGUACAAGGGGUUAUUUCCUCACGUCUUGCUAUUCUCAUGGUGAUCUUCGUUUUCCAACAUAUUGGUUCAGUGCUAGCUCUCCAAGGUUACUUAAUAAGACAAUUGCAGAAGCUGUUGCGGAUUGGUACUUUAAGAGAUCAGGGUUUCAAUAUGAAGACCCUUACCCUUGUGCUAGAGAUUGCAAAUUAUAA